AUGAUGCUGCGACACACUCCCCCGAGCACGACGCGCCUAGCCUUGGUGGCUCUGCUCAGUCUGACGUCGGCAGCCCUGGCCACUCAAAUCACCUCCACGAGCUCCACGUCUUCACACCACUCCUCCAGCAGCACCACACAAGCCGCUACGGCCGCCACCCUCAGCGUGCCCAACGACUGCUAUUCUUACACUGCCAUUGACCCGCUUCGGGGCUCGCUCUCCGGCAACACUGGGAACAUCCCCUUCCUCGACAAGUGGCAGCUUUUCAAUCCAGACUACACCAUCCUUCUAUUCGCUGAUGGUCUGCAGCUUGCGCGUCGCACGGGCUCAGCAAAUGACCCAAGCAUUUCCCGUUCCCUUGACCUGACCGGUGCAGUUGCCGCCCAGCUCUCUGUGAUAUACAGCUUCAAUGGCCCUCACACCGCACAGGACUCGGUCGUCUUGGAAGCAGCCGCUCAAAACCAGGCCUACACCCACUUGAGCACCCUCACGGGAAGCUCGCACGGCACGGUCACGCUCAAGCGCCGCCAGCGCUUCCUCCAGUGCUUCCUCCACCUCUUCCCGAAGCUCCACAUCUCGCUCUACCUCGAGCACAACCUCCUCGACCACCACCACUCGUCCUACCACCACCACUACUACUACCACUCGCCCUACCACCACUACGACGACAACCUCUCGUGCGUCAGUGAUUCAACCACCACUACACGCGCUCCGACCACCACCACCUCGACCACGACUACACGCGCUCCGACCACCACCUCGACCACGACUACUACUACACGCGCCCCGACCACCACCACCUCGACCACGACUACACGCGCUCCGACCACCACCACCUCGACUACUACUUCACGCGCCCCGACCACCACUUCCUUGCCACCGGCCACGACCAGAAGCGCCUGUCCCACAGAAUGUAAUUGCAAACCGGGCGCGCUUGCGCACCCCUACUAUGAUGAAGUUCGGCAAUGCCAUACGUGUACGUGCGUCGCAGAGGCUACAACAACUUUACAAAGCACAAACCGCCCUGUGACCACCACCGCCAUGGAAACAACAAGAGUCCCAGCAUCGACUACUACUGCAACCACCAUCACCACAGCACAGCAGGCCACCACCACUACUCGCAAUCCUUGCACCGUUUCUUGCAAUUGCAAGGCCGACGCUACCAUGAUCAUCUACUACGAUGAGGGUUUGGGAUGUGAGACAUGUGCUUGUGUAAAGACCACGACGACUCAGCCUGCUUCAGUCAUUCAAACAACCACAGUCUCUUCUACUUCUCGAAGAGAAACAACAAUGUCCAGCUCCACCACCAGCUCUACCACCAGUUCCACUACUAGUUCCACCACUACCAGCUCUACCACCAGCUCUACCACCAGCUCUACCACCAGCUCUACCACCAGCUCUACCACCAGCUCUACCACCAGCUCCACUUCCAGUUCCACUACCAGCUCUACCACCAGCUCCACCACCAGCUCCACCACCAGCUCCACUUCCAGUUCCACCACCAGCUCCACCACCAGCUCCACCACCAGCUCCACUUCCAGUUCCACUACCAGCUCUACCACCAGCUCUACCACCAGCUCUACCACCAGCUCUACCACCAGCUCUACCACCAGCUCUACCACCAGCUCCACCACCAGCUCCACUUCCAGUUCCACUUCCAGUUCCACUUCCAGUUCCACCACCAGCUCUACCACAACCAGUGGCGUGCAAGUCCCGGUCACCACCUCGGCCUCCACAAACCCGCCGGCAACCACUUCCCAAGCGUGCUCGCCAGUAGAUUGCAACUGCAAAGAUGACGCGUACAAGGCCUACCAUCGCAACUUGGCUGGCUGCAUUGUUUGUCGCUGUGUUCCACUUGUGCCCACAACAACCAUGAGCUCCACCUCACCUACCACCACGAGCAGAGAAGCGGAACCCACAACCGAGGAAGAACGUCCCGUUCUUGUAAACGCACACUUUGCAGGCACCGACUUUGAGGCAGAUUUUGGUGGCAGUGACACGACCCUGGCAUUGGCGUUUGCAGAAACGCUCCGGGCUCGUCUUGCGGGUCGGCAGUCAAUUGGCCAAGCCAUCGUGGCGUUUGAAGAUAUUGGCGCGAUUGUCAUUGACGCAGAGCACAACAAAGCCAUCAUCGGCUUCAGCGACUAUGCGAGCGCGUGGCAGAUGCAAAACUUUCUUUUUGAUCAUGAACUUUGCGUCCUUUUCAUGGCCAAGGUGUACUGCACCGCCGAGCUCAACACAACCAAUGCCACCACCACCACCACCAUCAAUCCGAAUGGUAACGUUGGUCAACAGGUGGAGGGCGGAGACAACGGCCGGGCCGGCUACACAAUUGGUGGCACCACCUUUUCGUGGACGCUGUUGAUUGGCCUGGCCGUGCUUUUCGUACUACUGAUCUUGAUUGUUGUUCUUAUUGUCGUGCGUCGUCGUCGCUCCCGGUCUGACUCGGUGUUGGUGACGGUCAGCGCUUCAGACACCACGAGCGAUGACAUGGACCGAAUCUCCAUUGGCACGAGCCAGGGUGACAUGUUUGCCGUCGCCCAAGAGAACGAUGGUGAUGUUCGAACUGACCUGGCUACGGCGGAUGCUGACGGAUACUUUGUGGAAAUGCUGCCGCGCCAGCAACCCCCUGCUGCGUACGAUCUAGCCAGCAAGCAUCAAUAUGACGUGGCAACAGGUGCGACGAUGGAGACGCCAGUGGACGGCGUCCAUCAGCUCAGCCGGCAGGCUGUGGGCAUGCGCUUUGACAAACCGCCACGCCGUGGACCCAAGUUUGCGACCGGCCCUGGGCGCCACCCUCAUCAGGCAAGCGUGACGUCGCUCAGCGGCAUGUAUUCCUCGGACGAGAGUCGAGCUGCAUCCCCAGCCCAGCCACCUGCACGAUCCUCGCUUCGGCAGCUCAGCUUUGCCCCCUUUCGCUUUGAGGAGGCUAGUGGCGUGAGCACAGGGCCUUCAAGCUUGCGGCGCGUGGCACCGCUACCAGAUGCCGAUGCAACCGCCUCUUCCGCGCCGAAUGGUGCAGCCGCACCGACCAACAACGCCGCCUCGUCACAUGGUCGUGGACGAAGACCUGCUCUCCGAGACUCACCCGCGCUUACUUUGGCGCGUGAUACGGAGAGCUAUGAUAACUGUGUGUGUGUGCGUGUGUGUGUGUGUGUGUGUGUGUGUGUGUGUGUGUGUGUGUGUGUGUGUGUGUGUGUGUGUGUGUGUGUGUGUGUGUGUGUGUGUGUGUGUGUGUGUGUGUGUGUGUGUGUGUGUGUGUGUGUGUGUGUGUGUGUGUGUGUGUGUGUGUGUUUGUUUGUGUGUGUGUGGGUGUUUGUUUGCGUUGUUGCCACUGUUUUAAUCGACUACUUGGGUCAGCAGAAUGUGUGCUUUGACAAGAUUGGCGUCCCCUUGGCUCUGAGCCUAUCGGCCGUGUCGGGCCUACAACUCAUCUGUGCGCUCUAUCCGAGCUGGCUUGUUCUUGGGGUGGAGCGGCGGGAUGUUCGCACCGGCUUGUUCAUCGCCUCUGCCCUGACCCUGAUGGCUGCCAUCGAGCUGGCCGUGCUUGGGGGCAUGCUGCUGGCCCGUGGCGAUCAGAACGACAACGAUGAUAUAUUUUACGAUGAUGACGACGACAGCGACCCCGAUGACUGUACCUACCCAGGCAUCGCUGCCAUCAUCGCCGCUGUCAUGGCCUGCCUCGUCACCCUCAACGGGGUCAUCAUUUUCUACCUCGUCAAAGCCCGUGAGGAAGAUGCCCCCUUGCUUGCCGACCAGGACGAUCAGGCACGCCCCGUUCAAGUUCCAGAUGUGCUGGCUUGA